GUACAAGUUGCAAAAGGAGAAGCCUGUGUGGAAGUACGCAGAACAGGGUCAGGAAGCGAGUAUUGGGUGAGGUGUCGGUUGUGCAUGCAGAUUUGGAGGGGCACGAGCUCAAGAGCGGUGGAACAUUACCUGAAGACGCAGAAGCCGUGUCCGUCGCGCGCGGGGGAAAUGGUGAAUGAGCUCGUCAACUCCGGGGGGAAAGUGCUGCCGGGUGAUAAGAAUACGCGGUACUUGCUGAAGAAUUACAGGCAGCUGCAUGGGAUUCCGGAAGGGGGGGUCGAUCAGACGGAGAAGGCCGACGAGGUGGUUGAAGUUCCCUCAUACCUUGAGCCACAGCCACCGCCCACUGCGGGCAGGGCUGCUCCUCCAUGUGAUGCAGGGGAUUUGCACAAGGACAAUGCUUUGGAGGCGGCAGAGGGUGAGGCGUCGGGGUCGAACACACGGCUGUCCUCAUUGCAGCAGUCAACAAUAAGGAGCCUUCUCUUGCGCGACCUCAGCAAACUCGAUUGGGUGAAGCACACCGUUAAGAGGGGCCACACAAUCAUCAAGUUCAUCACAAAUCACCACAGCACAAACAGUCUGAUGAUGACAGUGGACGAUUCGCUGUCUCUUCUUCGACCCACGGAGGUGCGCUUCGGGUCAGUCUACCAAAUGUUGGAGAGGAUAUACGACAGGAGGGCGGUGUUGAAGGACAUGGUCAACGGUCGGAAUGCAGUAAAGUGGAAUGCAAUCCGAUGGUCCACGUCGAAGUUGAGGGCCAGAUCGGAUCUAGUGUACUUCACAUUGAGGAGUGAUGAUUGGUGGACGGGGUUGAACAAGGUGGUUGAGGUGAUGGAGCCCGUGUUCGGCCUCUUGAGGCGGAUGGAUCAGGACGGUACCGGUCCUACAAACCUUGUCGAGUAUGACGACAUGAUAGAGAGGAAGCUUAGCCAUGUUGUUCUUACGGUGGAACAGCGGGCGAGUGUGAUGGAGAAAGUCAAAGAACGCAUGAAGAUGAUGCGGCAGCCCGUCCACACAGCAGCGUUUCUUUUGGACCCGCGCAGGAGAGAACCGAGGUGGUUGCAUGACCAAGACAAAGAUUGCAAUCAAGGUUAUGGGCAUGUGGAGCACCGCAUCGCCGGCGGAGAGGAACUGGGCUUCCAUGGACUUCAUCCAUUCCAAACCAAGGAACAAGUUGUCGCCAGAAAGCUUGGCGAAGCUAGUGUACAUACACUGAAACAUGCAGCUAUUGCGUUGCAUGUUCCAAAGACUAAGAACAACGGAUUUGUGGACUUGUGGUGUGACUUCGUCGAGCCCGCCCCGGAGCCUGAAGAGAACGAUGGAUCGGUGUCGAAGGGGCCCGAGGAUGAGGCUGAGAAGACAGAGGAGGAACUUGUACGGGAACGGAGGCUCACAAAGACUCCGAAGGGAAGGGUUCCAAAAAAUCUCGAGGACAAGGACAAAGAGCUCACGGAUGACAGUGAUUUGGAUGACGAGUUGUGGAAGGGGAAGUGUGGAUUAUCGGAGGACUCAUGUGGCAGCGAAGAGGAUGACGACGAUGACUCCGAUUUCGAGCUACGACCAGAGACGUCCGUCCCAGGCACGACGUACGUCGGAAGGAGGCGGACCGGACGACAACGCAGAGAAGAGCCACGCCCGACAGCGACGGAGCCCGGGGUAAGGGAAACUGCACUGUACAAUCCGCAAUCUGAUGUCGAGUUCGCACGGCUAGACACGGAUGUUGAGAUGUUGCUGGAAACGAGGGUGGACGAAGAUGAGGAUGCGAACCGUGCCAAGGCUAUGGCUAACCGGGAGACCGAACUCGUCAACAAACGUAUGAUGGAGGAGGAGGCCCGUCGUGCACCUAUCCAGACUCGGAGAGAGAUCGAGAGAGGUCUCAAACAAGCCAAGGAGCACCAACAGCAGAUCAAUCAGGCAUUGGGGGUUGAGGAAGAAGGAGAAGAGGAGGAGCACCAGGCUGAGGUGGGAGAUUACAUGGAACAGGAAGAAGAGGCAGAGGGCAUGGCGCAACCACAGGAGGAAGAGGAGAUGGAGCACCAAGAAGAAGAGGAAGGCACGGUGCAAGGCGGGGAGGAAGAGGAAAUGCAGCAGGAAGAGGAGGGGGAAGGAUUGGCGCAACCGAAGAUGCAGCACGGCGAGGUCGAUACGGCCCGCGAAGACGAGCCCCAUCCCACAACGACAGCAGUCUACACACGCAGGCCCCGGCCAGCGGAGUUUCCGGAGUCCGAGGAGAAGAUACCGGAAUUCCCCGCAAUGAGGGAGGAUGUCCAGCAUGACAACCUAUGGGUGAACCGAGUGGGCAGGAAGAGAAAGGAGCCAUCACAGGACGCUCCUGCACAGCCAAAACGUCCUCGUGGAAGACCGCGAAAGCAGAAGACCGACACGGCCACUACACCGGUUAAAAAAAAGAAACAGCGCCUCAAGCGCAAGACGGUCGUGGAGGAUGACCCGAAAUCAGUUGACUGCAGCGAACAACCAUCUGAGGAUGAGGGCUGCGACGCUGAUUCCGAAUGAGAUCAGCAUGUCCACAAGUGUG